AUGCCUCAAGAAGUGCAGUUCGCAAGUCAACAAGGACAAACUUCUGCGGACGACAAGUUAACGGCCAUCACGAAUAGAAAUAAAGUAGAUAAAAAACAAACUAGGACUGAAGAAGCACAAAAAUCACUUAAAAGAACAGCACCAAGUGAUAUUGUUGGUCAGGGCGACGCAAAACGUAAAGCAACUCAAGGGUCAAAAAAAUCAGUAGAUAAAUUAGUCGAAGGAACAACCUUAAGAGGAUCCGACCCCAAUUCUAUUGCAGCAAACGCAGCGACCUUACUGUCAACAGUGGCUACGGUUCAGGCGGUUGAUAAUUCUCAUCACCAUUUCACGGACAAUUUGUCGGCUGCCACAUCUCUAGCGAAUUCGGUGAGCUCCCCAAUUGCAGUUGCUCCCUUAUCUUCCAGUCAACAGUCUGGUGUUUCAGAAAUGACACCUAACGCAAAUAUGGUUGAUUUUUUGAGUAAUGCGGCAACGGCGACUACUCAAGUACAAGUUCAGACGCAAGGGCAGCUUCAAGAUACUAACUCUAGUGGAAAACGUAAUUCCACUUCUCGUAAUCUUUCGAAUGACGAGCGAAGACAACGGCGACUCUUGCGCAAUCGAGUUGCCGCAAAAGAAUGCCGCCGUAAGAAAAAAGCUUACGUUGCAGAUCUCGAGGAAAAAGUUACACGCCUUGAGGAAGAAAACAUUCGACUUCAGAGAGAAAUCGAAGAAUUAAGUUCGAAAACGAGUCAACUUGAAGAAUGCGCUCGAUUACAGAAAGAGGUGGAAGAGUUAAAGGCCAAAUUAGCGUUACGAACGAGUCAAGCGGAUGUUAAAAAAGAGUUAAAAACGAAUCUCAGAGGUGACACGAACAAACACGAUUCGACCGAGUCAAAAAUGCCUUCGCUAAAAUCUUAA